GAAGAAGCAGUGAGUUUUUUUUGUUGGGGGUGCAGGUUACUACAUGUACUUCGGUGUUUGUUCCAUUGGAGUCUACAUUUUCUUGGUGUGAAAUUUUAUUUAGCAAUACAUUUAUACUGUAACAUUAAAGGCGCUAUGUUGUUUCAUUGAUCUGCAGUUUGUGACUGGGUAGGUUCGGCUGUAUUCAUAGAUUACCUCUAUCUAUGCUUGGCUGACAAUUUCUGAACUUUACUGCCCAAUCCAUUUGCAAAGCAACAUAAUGUUAGUCAGGCAUUUUAUUUCAAAAAUAUACUUUAUUCAUUAAAAAAAGUAUCUUUGUAUACAUACAGUCACAAACGCAAUUCUAUUCUGCACAGUUGCAUAUCAAUUAAACAAACAAAAUAUUGGCGUCUGACUAUUAUAAAAAAAAACUUAGAGUUAAACAUAACGUUACUCAGACAACGUAUAACCCAUAUCCAUGACACUAUACAGUCUCAGACACUAGGACCUUGCAGUUUCCAAAAGGAUGGCUCUUGUUUCCCCUCCAGAUAACUCCCAGUGUCUGUCACAUGGAAGUUGUGUUGGGGGGGGAGGGGGGUUACAUUAAUCACGGGUCUCGCUGCUGAGAGAAAACAACAGAUUUGUAAUAAACACAUGCCGAGGAGGCAUUGAGAUUCAGUUCAGCUUCAAAAGGUGUUUACACACAGAGAGAGAGAGAGAGGAGGUAAAACUGGGAUAGAAACAAAGCCCCCGAGAGAGCGAGGGGGAAUGGCGGAUUCCUCCUACCCCUCCUCUCUGCAGGUUUCCUAAGAGAAAGAGUGGAAGCAGUCACUUCAUUGAUGAUUGGAACCGGCUGAUCGAUCCACCCUGAUCUGUGCUGCACCAUACAGCCUGCUGGGCUCCAUCGAAAAGUUUCCCCUCCUGUGGCAUUUUGACCUUUCGAUGAGCUCUCGUGGAGACUGUGUAGUCGAGGAGGGGGACAAGCUAGAGGCAGUGAUCCAGACAUUACAGAGCACGGUGCAGAGUGCAGAUAACGGGAAAGACUUUUUAUUUCGAGGAGAUACUGAGGAUUCUCCUCUGACCAGUCUUUCUGCCAAAAUACGAGAAAUUGUCACCAGAAACCUGAAGGAAGAGGAGAAAUCAGCAUUGUCCCUGGAGAUGACAUCUGUGCUGCCUCUUCAAGAAGAGAAUCGCAUCUUGCAACAGGAGUUAUCCCGGGUGGAGGACCUCCUGGCUCAGAGCCGAGCUGAGCGAGAUGAACUGGCGAUUAAAUACAAUGCCAUCAGUGAGCGGCUGGAGCAGGCCUUGAAGCUUGAGACAGGGGAGAGGGAGCGCGAAAAUCUGGAAAAUAAGAGCCUGGCGCAGCAGAACAUUGAACUAAGGCGCCGCCUGGAAGAGGAACAGGCUUCAUAUAAACGCAAGCUUCAGGCCUACCAGGAGGGUCAGCAGCGGCAGGCCCAACUGGUCCAGAAACUUCAAUCCAAGGUCCUUCAGUACAAGAAGAAAUGUGGCGAGGUGGAGCAGCAACUGAUUGAGAAAGCCACAGAGCUGGAACAGCACCGACUCUCCAGCCAGCUGGACCUCACAGAAUCACGACUGCGACAGUCUGAAGAGGAACAGAGCAAUGAACUGGAAAACACCCUGAUCCGCUUGGAGGAAGAACAGCAGAGAAGUGCCAGCCUGACCCAAGUGAACUCCAUGCUCCGGGAACAGCUGGACCAGGCAAAUUCUGCCAACCUUGCCCUGAGUGAGGACAUUCGCAAACUGACUGUCGACUGGACUAAGGCACGGGAGGAACUCGAGCAGAAGGAGGUGGAAUGGAGACAGGAAGAGGAGUCCUUUAACACCUAUUUCAGCAACGAACACAAUCGCCUGCUGACUCUCUGGAGACAGGUCGUGGGCUUCAGACGUCACUUCUGUGAGAUAAAGUCAGCCAGUGAGCGGGAUCUCUCCGAGCUGCGGAACGAUCUGGCAAAAUCCUCGCGCACGAUCCACGCGUCAUGUCUGAACCUGAGCGGAUACCUGCGAAUUUCAGAAAGCAGCUCCACGGUGACUCUGGAGAAACAGUCGAUCCAGCUCGCUCAACUUGAGGAACAGCUCCGGGACAAGGUGCGGGAAAUGAUCCAGCUCCAAGCCAAGUACGACCGGGAGAAGGCCGAGCAGAAUGCCAGGAUCACAGAAUUGAUGGUGACUGUUGAACGACUGACAACCCAGAAUAACGAGAAGGAAAAGACAAUCAACAGCCUGAACCAGACAGUGGAGAACCUGGAGUCAAGCCGAGCUGAGACCCAGGAUGUUCAGGAUGGAGCUGAGAUUGAGUCGGUGAAAGCAGAGCUGGAGUCGCUGCAUCAAAUCCUCAGAGACAUCACACAGGUGAUCAUUUCUGACUCUGAAAGUGGGGCUGUGUUCCCAGCCACCGAGGGGACCGGUGAGGUCACGGAAAUGGAGUCCUCCCUGUUCAGUCCCUUGGGGCUCACGUCCAGCCUGCGCACUCCGUCUCCACGGCGACGGACCUCUCCCCGCCGCAGCCAUUCGCCACGAUACAACCUCUCACCAGGAUUCUCGGACUCCAUGUACUCAGCUGUUCAAACUGCUGUGCAGAAGAGACAACUCCUGAUCCAGGAGCUCCGAGGAAGGUACGAGGUGUGUCAGGAGUCAGUGGCUGCCCUGAAGAAGCAGUUGGGUGACAGUGAGAAUGAGCGUCGGGCCCUGGACCAGCAGAUACUGAAGCUCAAGGAGGAGACUGAGGACUCAGUGCGAGCCAAGGAUGAUGCCAAACGUGACGCCAACCGUUUUCGCUCCUCUGCUGACCUGCUUGGAAGCGAGAAGUCAAACUUGGAGAAGUCUAUUCAGUCCCUGCAGCUGCAGAUCGAGACGGUGCAGCAGGAGAACGAGAAACUGCAGCUGGCCAACGGAGAACUUCAGCGGCAGAGGGACAACCUGGAGGAUGAGAAGGAGGACAUUUUGAAGGACAAGGCGAGGGCGCAGAAGGAGAUCGAACGUGGCCACAAAAUGAUCGAACAGAUGGAAGUCAAGAAUUCGAGUAUGAGAAAGGAGUUGGUGCUGGUGAAGGAGGCCUUGAGCAAGGCAGCACUGGAUAAGGAAGUGCUGGAAAGUGAGAAGGCAGGAACUGAAGAAGCUCUAAGCAAGGUGGAGGCUGCAAAUGCUGAGAUGGAGCUCAUCCUGAACAAGCUGAGGACAGAGCAGGCUUCCCUCCGGGAUUCUCUGACGAAAAUGAGCGCCUUCAACGAGGGUCUGGCCCAGGACAAAGUGCAGCUGAACAAGAUCAUCCUGGAGCUGGAAGAUGAGAAGGCCACUCUGCUGGGACAGAAGAAAGAAGUUGAACAGGAAAAGGCCUCGAUCCGCGAUGAGUUAGUGCGACUGGAACAAGAGAAGCUGGACCUGCACACUGAACGUCAUGGCCUCGACCACUCCCUGCAACUCGUGGAGCAGAGCCGGGAGAGGCUGGAGCAGGACCUGCUGACGUACCAGCGGGACAAGGGGGAGCUGCAGGGUCAGCUUGGACAGGUGACCCGGCAGAAGAACAGCUUGGCAGAGGAGCUGCAUGAGGCUCGCUGUGAGAUUGAACGCAACAGCGAGUCGUUGUUCCGAGCUGCCAAAGAAAAGGAAGAAGUGACCAGGGAGAAGGCGAAUCUGGUGGUUCAGCUCACAGCUUCCGAGCGUGAGAAUAGGGCACUGGCAGAUGAAGGGGCUGCUCUCAGGUCUGAGAAGGAGGCUCUGGAGACCACCUUGUUUGAUACUCAGCAGCAGCUGGCAAUCCUGGAGGCACGGAAAGAGCAGCUUCAUGGCGAGAAUCAGACUUUGCUUGUGGCUAAAGAGGCUCUGCAAGUUGAGAAUAACCGUGUACGGAAAGACAUGGAGAUGGAGAGGACCAAGGCAGAGCGAGACAAGGAGCUCCUCACCCAGAAACUCUCCCAAACCGAGCACGAAGCACAGGCCACUCUGAGAAAGGAACAGACGGCCCACGAGGAGGAUGUGGAUCGACUGCAGCAAGAGAAGGAAGCCUUGCGUCUGAGGCUGGAAGAGGAGCGGGAGGAGAUUAUCCAUCAGCUGAAGCAGGAGCGAGAGGAGUUUUGUGCUCGCUUUGAAGUUGAGAAGGAAGAGUUAAAUGAAGAGAUCACGGCUCUGCAGCAGGAGCGCGAUGAGACAUUGCUGCUGGCUGAGAACGAGAAACAGCAGAUCCUGUCCUUGAAGGAGUCAGAGAAGGCGAUUCUCUCAGAGAAGCUGACCAAUACUCAGCGUGAGCUCAACGCUAUUUCAAUGGACCUGGAGCAGCUGAGGCGGGAUACAAACAGCCGGCAUGAACAAGACAGAAGCCAAAUUAAUAAUUUGACAUUGGAGUUGAAGAAUUUCCACACUCAAUUUGAAGAAGCUGUCGCUGCCCACCAGCAAGAGAUGAAAACACAGAAUGAACAAGCCAAGGACCUAAUGAAACAGCGUGAAGCUGCCCUCCGAGAGGUGGAGGAGCUGAAGACGCAGCUUCGGGUGGCCGAAGACGCCCGUGAUGGGAUCCGACGUGACCUGAUCGAAGCUCACCGGAAGAUCCGAGAGCAGCAGGAAACCCAGGAGGUGCAGCGCAAAGAGAUCACCGACCUGAAACGGUCUGUAGCUGAUGAAGUGAAGGAAAAGGAGGCCGUUCAGCAGUCCAACCAGGAGCUGCGAGGCAACAUUAAGAAAGCGGAGAGCGAAAGGAUCAGUUUGAAACGAGCUAAUGAGGAGAAGGAACAAAAGGUCUCUGUGCUGGAAGAGGCGAAAGUGAACAGCGAGAAGGAAUCGGCAGACCUUCGAGCAAGUCUUCGAGAAGUUGAGAAAUCCCGUCUGGAAGCGCGGCGAGAGCUUCAGGAGCUGCGCCGACAGGUGAAGAUGUUGGAUACUGAAAACACAAAGAAGAAUAAGGAGGUACUAGAGCUUCAGGCUCGUGUGACCCUGGAUGAGCAGCGGGAGGAGGAGAGCAGGCGCGAGUCAUUUGAACUGAAGCAGAAAAUAGUACAGACUGAAGCCAGCAGGGAAUCUGCUCGCAAAGAGGUGUCCAACCUUCAGCGCAAGGUGGCAGAAGUUGAACAAGAAUUCCGCAUCCGGGAAAAGGAGCUGUUGGGCAACCUGGAAGAGGCCCAGGGAAUUGGGAAGAAGCUCCAGGACAAUGCUCGCAACCUGGAGUUGAAGUUGCAGAAAGCUCACAGUGAGAUCCAUGAGCUCUGCCUGAAGCUGAGUGCGGCUGAGGGGCGGAUAACUGGGUUGGAGGCUGAGCUAGCGCGGGUGGAAGGAAUGAAACGGGACGUGGAGUUCAAGCUGGGGAGUCUGCAUUCUGCACUCCGUCGCACUCUGGGCAUCAGCCGAACUGGACGGACGCAGAGUCCUGCAGUGAGGGGCCGCAGCAUCUCACCACAGAGACCACCAUCUCCAAUAAAAGGUUUUGACAGCACUUUUACUACCACAGUAGACAGUGGCCAUGGCAAUCCAAUUCCUCAGACUGGGACCCCUGAGCGCAACACCAUAUCCCGCUCUGCAUCACCCGAACGUUCCAUCUCCCCGACCCGCAGUGAGCAACUUGUGGCCGACAUUGACCCGGAAGUGGUUCGGACAGCACUGCGAGAAUUCCUUCAGGAGCUGAGAGACACACAGAGGGACCGGGAUGAAGCACACAUUCAGGUUUCUAACUUGAAUAGACAGCUGAGGGAGAUGGAGUUUGAUCGGGACAAUGUCAACAUUCGCUUACAGCAGCUGCAGAAAUCAUUGGACGAAUGUGAGGAAGGUAAGCGGGGCAUUGAUGGACGCCUGACCAGCGCUCAGUCUGCACUCGCGCUGCAGGAGGAGGCAAUCCGUCGGAAUGAACGAGAACGCAAAGCGCUGCUUGAAAAGAUUGCAACACUGGAGAGAACCAUCCAGUCUGCUGAUGGUGACCGGCGAAACACACAGGAAAAAUUGAGCAAAAUGAAGGCGAGCGAGGCCAAGCUGGAGAGCGACAAGCGCAAACUGAAGGAAUUCCUCGACGUCUCCGAGAGCCGGGCCACCAAGCUGGAGCUGACUCGCCGGUCGCUGGAGGGAGAGCUGCAGAGAAUGAAGUUGGUGGCCAGUGAUCGGGAGACAGAAGUCCAGGCUCUUCAAGAUCGCAUAGACACCCUGCAAAGGCAGGUGGCGGACAGCCAGGCCAAGGCCAAUAGCCUGCAGCUGACUGUGGACCGGCUGAAUGCCUCGCUCGCCAAAUCCGAGGAAGGGGAAAGCCACCUGAAAGACAAAGUGCAGAGCCUGUCGCUGCUGCUGUCUGACAGGGCAGCGGGUGCGUCCGUGCUCCAGGACAAGGUGGCGCAGCUGCAGAAAGCACUAAGUAGCAGUGAGCAUGACCGACGUAUCCUGCAGGAGCGUCUGGAGGCAGCACGUCAAGCUCUUAGUGAGACAAAGAAACAGAACAACCUCCUGUCGGACAGGGUCCAGGCCCUCCAGACCGAGCAGCACGAUGGGGAGCAACAGCGUGUGGAGCUAGAAUGUCAGCUCCAAAAACAUCAGGAGAUACUGCACCAGCGACAGGAAGGAGACGAGAUCACACUGCGGAGUGUUCAGAAACUUCAGGAGGAGAAACAUCUUCUCCAGGAGCGGCUGAGUAUCCUGCAGCGCGCUGUCGCUCAGCUGGAGAAUGAGAAGCGUGAGCUGGAGAGGUCGUCAGUCCGCCUGGAGAAGGAUAAAAGUGCCCUGAAAAAGACACUGGACAAGGUGGAGCGUGAGAGACUGCGGACCGAGGAGGAUACGCUGCGCAUAUCUGCAGAGAAGGGGCGCCUGGAUCGUUCACUGACGACUGUGGAACAGGAGCUGGUGGAAGCUCAGAGACAGACCCAGCAACUGCAGAUGGAAUUACAGAAUAUUAGGAGGAAGAUUUUAUCCAGCCUGGCCCAGCUUUCAGACAUGGAGCAGUCUCACUCUCAGAGUUUGAUUGAAGCUGCUGCCCGCCACCGUCAGGAGCUCCAGAAGGAGACCGAGCGACUGCGUGUGACUCAGUUACAGACCGAGAGGACGCUGGAGGCACGGGAACGUGCUCAUCGGCAGCGCGUGAAAGGACUGGAAGAACAGGUUUCGACCUUGAAGGACCAACUGCAACAGGAACUCCGGAGACGCCAACCUCAGUAUUCACCCUCCAUUCUGUCUGGGAACUAAUUCCGUCGUUGGUACUUCGCAGCAUCCACGUGGCAGAAUAUCACUUUACAUUCCCUUGAUCAAUCACAACACACACCACAUACUUCUACUGACAGUAGAGGCAUGGACCCUAUCCUCCACCCCAGUAACAUCUGGUCCAAAUCGACACCUCAACAGCUGACUCCAUGUUCAGUGGACUCCCCAGCAGUGACCUUGACAUUGCUAUAAGACAGGCUUCUUCAUUUGUUAACAUUGCUUUCCUAUCCCACAUGCAAGUUGCCAUCACUUUCCUUAUGAAGCCCACUCUGACUGGUCAUUAUGUUUGGGGAAGUGGUCAAAGUAGUUUGCCUUUUGACACUCCAUAGUCUGGGCCAGUCAAGUGAGAAUAGUUUAUUUUAGAACAUCUGGUCAGCAUGGACAAGUUGGACCGAAGGGUCUGUUUCUGUGCUGUAUGACUAUGACUCUAUUUGAAUUAAAUAUUUAGUGGCCUAGUUUUGUUCAGUGUCUGCUCUUCUUCCCAUUUUAAUAACAAAAUGGCAACAAAUCUAUAAAACAAUUUUCAGGUUCAGGAGGAUGAAAUACGCUGAAAUGAGAUUUUUAACUCCUAAUCAUUCCUUCUCUGAGUGGUUGUUUAUUUAAGUCACAGAGCCUCAGAAUUAGCAAACCCAGCUAUAAGUUAAAAUAAAAUCUAAACCCCUCCAUCCUUCUGAAUUAAGUUAGCUAGAAAUGACUCCCCUUUCCUUUGGGUCUUAUUGUGCUCUGUGGCUAUCAGCACUUUCACUUUUCUAUGUGAUUUGAGGGCACUGGUGCCUGGGCUUCCAGACUCAUUCACCCUCAGCCUGGGUCCUGGGUUUUCACCAGUGCCCAGAGGUUUCCAUGCUGUGGAGCCCUUCAGCAUCAACAGGAUCUUAGCACGAGGUUCGAGUUACUGAUUUCCUGUUGUUUGCUAAUCGGCCAAAUCUGUAUUUUUAAUAUGGGACUUCCAUGUCUUUAUUUUGGGGUAGCAUCGAGGGGCUGACAUUAUUAUUAAGGUUUUUAAAUCAUUUUCAACAACUGUGAAGAAUGCAUCACAACUUGACCCCCUCACUCCCUGCUACUGAUUUGUGUGGAUUGGCAGGAGGAGCCAAUCUUAACAAACUCGACAGAUGGCAAACUGGUAUAUUUGAUUUAACACAGCAGCUUAGUCGAGUCUGGUAGGACUCAGUGUUGGGUACUGAGUGGAAGGAGAGUGAGAGGCUUCAGAAAAUCGGCAUCAAAGAAAGCAAGGAAGAAAUAUUUGCAUUUUUGUAGCACCUUUCAUUACUCAGGUUAUCUCAGUAUGCUUUACAGCCAAUGUACCAUUGAAAUGUAAUCACUAUUGUAAUAUAGGCGAGGUGGCAACCCCAGUUUGUGUAUAGCAAGAUCCCGCAAACAGCAUGGUGACAAUAACCAAUCUGUAGUGAUGUUGGGUAAGAGAUGGAUGUUGGUCUGAAUUUGGGGAAAAUGCCUCUACACUUAAAAACAAUCGCCAUGGGAUCAAAGUGGUGACAAUUUGCAGCAAAAUGUUAGUUUUCAUCAACGGCUAUUCAAUGUACUUUGAGGGAUAUGGAGAGGGUGAUUUUAGUUUUUUUUUUAAACAUUUCUCUUCUUCUAGCUUUAGUAUUUUAAUCCAAUGCUUCCAGUCCCUGGAACAUGCACUGUUAGAUUCUCCAGUAGCAUCAACUAUUUUUGAGCGAUUUGUAUAAAUUGUGUUUGUAUUUUAGGUACAGAUUACUGUGGUGCUAGAUCAAAUGAAUGCUGGUAAAUCCGGCUCUAGAUUAGCAGGAGAGACUAGUAAAUUCUUUAAAAAGAAUAUUUUAUUCCAGAAUAUGAGAUUUUUAAAAAACAAUAAUGAUAGAAUUUUGUUGAUAGGACAGAUUGUUGAUGUGAUUUCAAAGCUUCCCGGAAGCUGUCAGUGAUAAAUGCAGUAACGACCCAUUCAGACUAACAUUCCCAAUUUUGAUCCUAAUCUCUGAUAAUACAACUUAAACCAAGUGAUAAUGUGAUAAACCAAUUAUGUCCUUGAGUUAAGGGGAGGCUGUUUCUCUGACUGACCUUUUGUAAUUUGCCCCAGUGACUACGUAUGACUGUUGGAGGAAGGAGAAGGACAUCACAACUGAGCCUGGCCUAAAAGGCACACAAAUGCACAUGAGCCAUGGGAGCUGAUGGAUAAAGUCAGGAGCAGGGAUCCUGGCUGAUCUCUCUCGUCACUGCUUUAACUAAGAUCAGUCAAUUCAGCACCAAUCCAUGUUCAAAUCUGGGACCUUCAUAGAUGUUUUGUCGCUCAAUUGCAUACGGUGGUGGAUUACACACUGACAUCCAGGAUACAGUCUCUCUAUAUUCAGAGACACUGACAGUGCACGAAGGACUCACUAAGGUCCAACUGUAUUUGUGUGCUAUUAGGUCCUCUUUUUUUCUUCGUUGUAACUUAGGGUCCAUGUAACAAAUUGGGUUUGUGGGUAUGUUUAGUUUAAUAGAUUGCCUAAUCUUCAAAACACAUUAUUUUUCUAUAAUUAUCAAGGAUUUUUUGUAGCAGCUUCUCUUUGACCAUGUGACCAUAAAACAAAUGUAUUCUAAGGUAUUGCAAUAACAAAUAGUUGACAAGACCAAACUAGUUGUUGGGGGCAGCUAAUGUUCAUCUCCUUGCAUGCAUCUGGAUGUAUUUCUGCAAGUCAGUGUUUAGACCAUUUUCCAGAGUGAACCAUUAACCAAAACUGAAUGUUGGAGAUGUAUAUUAAUAUUAAUGUAUUAUGAAAUUAACGUUAAGCAUUGAAAUUCUAAAUGCACCAGCUCCAUUGUCUGACAUACCUUUGAUAUGGUAUAGACAGUGAAAUGUAGACACUUUAUCAGAGCAUUCUGGAUCUAAAUGUCUCUGUCCAGAUCCAUUCUACUUCUGUCUGGAUUAAUAGAUUUUCAUAUGCAGUUAAGGUUUUAUAAUUUCUUAUGUAUAUUUUUUUUAAAUAGAUUUAAAAUAGCAAAUGAUGUUUUGUUUAUAAUCUAAAGAAGAAAUCAGUACAAACAGUGCUUAAACUAUAUUUUUGCUGUGUUCUUUCUUCUUUUAAACAGUGCACUGUUUUCUAGUCUUUUCUGAUGUUUCCAAGUAGCUAAGUGCUGAUAGAUUCAGUAUCAACUUGAAAUGGCCGCAAGAGAACCAAUUGUGGUUUCUUGUCCCAUAUGCUAAGGAAAGAUGUGUUGCAGCUACCAUUUUGUAAACUGUUGACUUAUUAAUGAUUGUGACAGAUGCUGAAGGAUGUUUUACACUUUCUCGAGGUCCAGAACCAUGUGACGGUUUCAUGGUGCGGUUCUGGAACCUCAAGGGAUUCUUCCUGUCAAACCUUGAGAGGUCCCAACUGAGAUAGUUUGGACCACUCUGGCCAGGAUGCAUGGGUGAUGUACAGCAGUCAGAUGACCAGUGCUAAGCUGAAAGGAGUCUGUCUGGUGGUGUGAACCCCAAGGAACAGAAACAUCCAGUGCCAUAGCGUACAAGAAAAUUGUGACGACCGUUUUCAGAGAGCAAUGAUCCCCAGGAAGCAACUUGAAAAAUGCAGGCACCAGCAGCCUGACUGGAUUCCACCAAGGGCUGACGACUGCAAACAUAGCCAUUCCCUCAUUGUUGCACAUUUACUUUCAUUCAGCACAUUUUGCCAAAACACCAGAUCAAAGGUGAAAACCGUUCCAACCUAGUUGUCCCAAAAUGUUCGCUACAUCUACAAUGUUGUCUUUGAGUGUGUGAGGUGGCUACUGUUGUAGGUGUGUUACCGCUUUAACCACUGUCCCAUUCCUUGGAUCCACUAACUGUACCUGGUCACCUGAUUGAUGUUCCUCAGUGUUAUUUUUAUACUCAACUUGUUUUAUUAUUGCACUGAGGGGUAGGUUGGAGAGGCGAUGGGUACAACUGCUGUGAACAAUGUAGAAAAUAAAUGGUGAGUGUUAAUUCCUG